AUCCCAUUUCUUUACAGAGUCAUUUGGGCUCUGAAAUCGAAGGGGAUAGAGUACGAAUACAUAGAAGAAGAUCUGUCCAACAAGAGUGAAUUGCUUUUGAAGUAUAACCCAGUUCACAAGAAGAUCCCUAUGCUUCUUCACAAUGGAAAACCAGUUGCAGAGUCGAUGAUUAUCCUGGAAUACAUCGACGAGACAUGGCCGGAGCAUCCAUUACUACCCAAAGAUGCACAGGAGAGAGCCACAGCACGAUUCUGGGCAAAAUUUGCCGAGGACAAGGGCAUAUGCGUAUGGAAAUUCUUCCAUUCUAGGGGUGAAGAACAAGAAGAGGAAGCCAAAAAAGAAAUCUUGGAAAUGCUGAGAAGCAGAGAAGAGCAUGGGCUUGGAGAGAAGAAAUUUUUGGGUGGUGACACAAUUGGAUUGGUCGACCUGGCCUUCUUUGUUGUUGCUCACUGGUUGGGAGUGAUUGAAGAUGCAAGGGGCGUGAAGCUGUUGGAAGCUCAAAAAUUCCCUCGACUGGAUGCAUGGAUUCAUGAUUUCAAGGAAGUGGGUGUGAUCAAAGAAAACCUGCCUGAUCCUGAGAAGAUGUUUGCCUUUUUCAAACGCAAGAGGGAGAUGAUCCUGGCAUCUGCAUGACUACAGUGCUGUGUAGUUCAACUGCUCAACUCAUAUGGGUUCCUUUAAUUYUAUGUUCUCCAUUCUCUAUGUUUAUCUAUGUGAAUAAUAAAGAGGACUCUUGGUUGUUUUUAGGCUAAAAUUUAUUAUCCCAUCAACAGAAAAGAAUAAAUAACUGGCUGAUGACCCAGUAAUUGAUGGUCA